AUUGUGGCGCACAUUCUUCAUGAUGGCCUGAGUGAAGUGGAAAAAGAAUCCCUGCUUUUCGACGUCCGGCCAUACUGGAGGAAGUGCUUGCCAUGUUGCGGCUUCGAAGUCCAGUACGAAUCUCUUCACACGUGCACCGGAAAACGAAAGGGGACGCUGGAACAAGAGACCUGAUAAAGCAUGUCAUGGCGCUGUGCUAUAUACCUACUAUGUUUAUCACGCCCAGGUUCAAAUCACUGAAAGAAAAGAUGCAUACUCAAGAUCUCAAGAACUUCGCCGAAUAUUUUCAAAACACAUGGUUAUACAACAGUGUCUGGACUCCCAAGGAUUGGUCAGUAUUCGACGUAGAAAUAAGAAUCAACAAUCAUCUGGAAGGUUGGCACCGCCAUUUCAACAGUAUAACUCGGAAAAAUAUGCCUUUUUACAGUUUAAUCUCAACAAUGUACGAGGUAAGUAUAGGGAUAGAGGCGGACGUUGUGGAUAUUUUGGAAGAGAAUGUUGUGGGGCGUGUCAACGGCAGGCAUGCGGAAGCCAACGAGAGGGUGCAACAUGUUUGGGAACAGUUUAAGGAAGGAGAGUUAUCUGUGGACUCUCUUCUUCGGAGGUGUUCAAGGAUCUACGGGCCGCAGUAUUGCAAAGAGUAAGUAUGUAACGCAGCAAAUUUCCCAUAACGUUCAGUAUUCAAAUAAAAUUCAAUAUUC